AUACUAUAUAGACGACGAUCUUAACUGCUCUCCUUAUCAGAAGCGAUACAAAUUUUCGACAUGAAACUUCGCACGUCGUUUUACGGCGUCGCGACGCUUCUGGCCGUCGUUAUUUUAUGUACAAAACAAGCGACCUCCGUGGACACGGGGACCGCAGAAUUGGCUAGAAGAAUAUCCGCUUUUUACAAAGCCGUUGACUUUAUGGCCAGGAGACCUCAUCAGAUGAACGUAGAUGCGGUUUUCGGGCUCACCCUAUCCGAAGCGCAUCUAAAUCGGACUCUGAUUCAUCCGAACAUGAAAUUAUUCGAUCUUCGUCUCUCGAAGAUUCUAUCGGAAGUCUUGGAAAUUUCUCAACGUGCUCGGCAGCGAACGAAAACCGUCGUUAAAACGAGCAGCGCCGACACAGCGAUAUUGAAUCGCGUGCUGAAUCGGCCGGAAAUUUGGACGUUCCCGAUCGACUGGACUCUCGGUAUGUUAGGGCCGAGACCGUCGCCAAAUGAAAACACACCGUCUUCGAUUUUGGCUUACUUUUCCAAGGGAACACCAAACGAGACGGAGAGCGAUCGGUGCAUGGCUCAACUGGCUGAAGACUCUUCCGAAGAGAAUUGCCAAGUUUCGGAUCAGUGCGCGGAUAUGCUAAUAAAAAACGACGAACCUAAAGGAUAUCCGCUUUCUCACAGGCUGCUCUACGUCCAAGUCGCCAACGCGCUGGGAUGCAGCGAGCGCGAUUUUAAGCCGUUUAACAAACUGCUACCGGCUUACUGUACAUCGAUGUUGCAAGACGCGGUUGAUUUGGAAGAUGCGAACUUCCCUCUCAUCUCCAGGGAUCUGAUCUGCGAGCAGGUCAUUUUAUGCGGUAUGAACGGAUAUUUGGAAUUCGCCAACGAUCGUUAUGCCGAUUUGAUUCUGAGCUGGCAAAAUUCCGCCGGAUGUUUCAGUUCUGUAGGAUUUUCAGAAAAUGACGAGGUACGUCAAAGGAGAUCGAAGAGGGAGAGCGAGGGGAUGGAUUUUGGGUGUGAUAAUCACGCGACUUCGGUCGGUGCUGCAAGUUUGGCUCUCCUCAUUCGUCAAUACGUCGAAACUUCGGCGUCGUAGAGCAAUCGCCGUCCAAAAGAGAGAAUCAGAAUCGUUUUCAGCUGAUAUGGUAAAAAAAAAAAAAAAGAAAAAAUCUUCAAACGAUUACACAUUUAAUAAAAACGAUAAUAAUUUAUUCAAUUAAAUAAUA